UUCAAGUUCAAGUUCAAGGGCUUCUUCAAGUUUGUUUCUGAACGCGUUGCUUGGCGGGAGUACACAGCAGAAGCCCUGCAAGAAGGCAUGCAAUGGCUUCUCUGUUCCACUCACGAGUAGAACAUGUGCGACGCAAGAGGGAGGAGCCCAGGGGUUAGCAGGGAUCCUGAACAUUAGCUAGCACCAUGACUUAAGCAAAGCGGGGACCGCUUCAAGAAGUUGGAGGUUGUUCUAUCUUUGACAGGAACAUGACCUAAGGUUGUCAUAAUAGUGAGCAAGGCAAGACAUGCUUUUUCCAGCCACAGUACAAACCGCGGUCCUUCCCAGCAAAUUCUUUGAACAGAUGACGGCGUGCUCGUAAUCACAAGUAAGCACAGGUUGUUCUCCUUGAGCAUUUGGGUCAGGCAGCUUCACUGAAUCAGAGAGGAAGCAUCAUCUGAAGGUUGUUUCUUUGGUGUGGCUGAUUGGACAGCUUGAGCAGGCUGCUUCAGGAUUGCCCCACAGAAAACAGAAACAAACAAACAAAAGCUAAAGAUGAGAGUACGUGGCCCUGGUGGUGUGUGUUAUGGCAUCGAGCUCCUGGACUCAAGCUUGUCCAAAAUAGCAGAGGUUGAGAGCAACCGCACCUUCUAUGCGGCAGUUCAAAAGCCAGGCGAUGGCUUCGCUGUCAGAGUCUACCGCUGUCAAGAAGGCGGGGGAGAUCCCCCAGCGCAGCCAAUGAUCAUAGACUGCUACUUGGACGGAAAGAGCGUGGGAUACUCCAAGAAGUUUCAAGCUGGGGGGAGCCACAGCGCCCGCUUUGACGGGUUCAGACUCGAUGGCGAUUGGCGGAAGGUCACCUCGUUUGUGUUUGCUGCGCCUCAGCAGCGAGAAGACAACACUGGCAGCCAAGACGGCGGUCAUGGGACAGGGGACCUGGGGAGCGUCAAGGUCGUGUUCAUCCCAGCAGAAACGUAUGACUGUCCGGGACAAGGGGAGUGCCACCGGUGCAGGAAGUAUGCGGGCCUGGACAAGCACAAAGGAGAGGGGGCGCGGGCGCCGUCCAUGCAGCAGCUGCCGGACGGGAAGAAAUUUUACCUGGCGCCGAGCCUCGGAGCCAGCACUGGCAGAACAAUCUACCGAGCGGUGCAGCCCCGACGAGUGCACUUCCGACACGCCCCAGGUGCAGCUAAGAUCACCCUCACUCUGCGCUAUGAGACCGUCAGCAUCCUAGCGCUCCGAAAGAUCCUUGACCCGGCAGUCCCAGAACACGUUGCGCUCAUAAACCGGACAAAGAUGCCGGCUCCCUCAACGAGCUCUCGGGAAAGCAGACGAGACCCAGCCGGCGGUGUGGGUCUCGGUAGUCAGAACCGGUACUCGCAAGUCAGCGAGGCGGGUAUGAGCACGCAAGGUGAUGAUGUCAAGCCAGAGUCGCAAACGCUGGACCGGAUUCUCGAGCACGGUCCAUUUGGAAGUCAAAGUGGGGGAAACGAAGAGGUGGAUGUCAAGCCCCGCAAGCGACGGAGGGCGGAACCACCUGUGUACAUAGAUUUGGGUGAUGAUAAAGCGUCGACGCACUUUCAGCAGUUCCAGGUAGCCAGUAAAAGAGUUUCGAUACAAGAUAAUUGAAAGGCAGAGAAUGAUUCAGAUUUUGCAACUUUCUACGCAGUAUACGGCCAUGUAUGUACGUUUGGCAGCUCUCUUGUCAAGCUGUCCGGCAGGUACUGCUAGCCAGUCGAGUCCGGGCUCUGUACUGAUAGCCGGCCCUACAUGCAAAUCUGCG